GGCUCAGCUGUCCAUGUGCACAGACAACGUAUUGGAAACUGUGGGUCUGGGCGUAAUUCAGAAAGUGUAUACAGCAGUAUUUGGGACAUAUCUGCACACAUUGGAGAUACAGUUUUCAGAUAGAGUUAUAUACAGAGAAAGGAGGAAAGUAAAGUAAUUGCUGUGACUUUGCUGCUUUACACUGGGCGCUGUCUGAGCUGGGAUUUAUAAUGUGUGUGCCGAUUCGCCUGGACCAUGCGUGAUUCCCAAGCACCAGCACUAUAGUGAUGAUGAGUGCCCAUGGGUGUCCCAGGGAGGGCGCAGAACCCUCUUGAAUUUAGCAUCACAAAGCGUCCCUGAGGUGGCAAACCCACCCACACGAUUGGCUGGCAGUGGGGCAAGUGCGUCCCUUCCCCUCCCGAAGGGGUGUGAGUGGGGUCUGUGAGGAGGCGACAUGUCAAUAAGCUGUGCAUGUGGACAGGAUGCGCUUGGAUUGUCCCUGGAUGUGGCAUGGCAUGGUUAUCAGAGAUCAACACCCUGUGGGUCCCUCAUGGCAUGACAAUAUAAUGGGAUCUGUAAGUGACAGUGUAAAAGUUUCCUGCAGGGAGUGAUAUGCGAAGGACACAACAGCAAAUCCCUCUCGUUGCUAAAUAUUUGAAGUACAUUGUUUACAAAAACCAGACUUUUUUUUUUCUGGGGACACCAUAUCUCUGCCUGUCUGAGGUUGCCUGUACCCUAGAGCAAAGGCACUUGGUGCUUCUCUGCAUCUUGCUGGGAUUGGAUCCUGUGAAAAGGGGACAGACCCCCGCCCCCCAGAUGUCUGUAACUCUUCUGUGCUCUUAACAAGAAGUGGAAAUGACACCAAGUCCAGCUUACAUAGCUGUGGAGGUGAUCAUCGCUGUGUUGUCCAUCGCGGGGAAUGUGCUGGUCUGUUGGGCUGUUUCAAUUAACAGCACUUUGAAGAAUGCCACAAACUACUUCCUGGUGUCCCUAGCUGUGGCUGACAUAGCAGUGGGUCUACUAGCCAUCCCAUUUGCUAUCACAAUCAGCAUCGGUUUUCAGACUGAUUUCCACAGCUGCCUAUUCUUUGCCUGCUUCGUGCUGGUGCUGACCCAAAGCUCCAUCUUCAGCCUCUUAGCUGUGGCCAUUGAUCGGUACCUGGCUAUCAAGAUCCCACUCAGGUACAAAAGUCUGGUGACUGGGAAGCGAGCACGGGCCGUCAUUGCUGUCUUUUGGAUCCUAUCAUUUGUAAUUGGCUUAACUCCACUUAUGGGUUGGAACAGCUUUGACACUGCAUGUCCUACAAGCAUUAGAAGUCACAACUGCACUGUUACCUGUUUGUUUGAAAAAGUUGUCACAAUGAACUAUAUGGUUUACUUUAAUUUUUUUGGUUGUGUUCUGCUUCCUCUAUUGAUCAUGCUGGGAAUAUAUAUCAAAAUCUUCAUGGUUGCCCGUAUGCAACUAAGACAAAUUGAGCUGAAGUGUGUCAGUUCAGAAAACUCAAGGACCACUCUCCAAAAAGAAGUCAACGCUGCCAAGUCAUUGUCUAUCAUUGUGGGUCUCUUUGCUUUCUGUUGGUUGCCUAUCCACAUUCUGAACUGCAUCACACUAUUUGAGCCCAAGUUUUCUAAGCCAGAAUGGGUAAUGUACAUGGCUAUUAUCUUAUCCCAUGCCAACUCAGUCGUGAACCCCAUCAUAUAUGCCUAUAAAAUUAGGGACUUCCGCUAUACUUUUCGGAAGAUUAUUUCAAAAUACUUAAUCUGCAAAAAGGACAACUUUUCCAAAUGCCCAAAUGGUAGCACCAAACAUAGCAGACAUUUGCAGAUCAGCAGUGUGAGUGCUGGUAAUGCAUUCAUGUGACUUUCAUAGACUACUUCACUCAACCUCUGUGGGUUGAAUCAUCACUGCAAGUGUCUUCGGGCAUUUCGGGAUAUAUAUUUCUUAGUGGGACCAUUUAAAAUUUCAGAAGUGACCACUUUUGCUGCUGCACUUUGUUGAUUUGAGACAUUAACUAACUUUUAUUUUUAACAUAUGGUAUUGCAGAUCAUCUUGGAAACACUGGGUCUGCCAAAGCAUGGUCAAAGUUUUAUUUGUAACGGCUCCUUUGGAGGGUUCAUUACUACAAGUUGUCAAGAAUUAUUUACAAAUGUAUUGAAAAGCUUUUGUGCUAGGUCUUUGUUAACACUACUAAAAAUACUCCCAAAAUAUAUAGAUUAUUUUAAUUAAUUUACAGAUAGAAGAUAUAGCUAUAUUUAUAAUUAGUGAAGACAAAGCUCUAGCCUUUUGUGCAUAUUAAAUCUAUUUGUUUACCAAGGAGAUCAUUUGACUUGAUAAUUUAUUAGUUACAUGUGCAGGGCAUGUUCCAUAUACUUGUUUUAAUUCAUUUAUUAACACACACUAGAUUUUCUCAUUUAUUAUAAACAUAUUUUUUUUAGAAACAUUUUAUUACUAAUUCUGCUUUGCUGUAAAGAGCAUAGAUGUGUUCCAUCAAAAAAUGUGAUUACAAAAAGUCUUAUUACGUUCAGUUGCACAUAUGGAGAGUUAUCCACAUUUCCAAGACACUUAUGUAUACCUUUUCUUUUUAGUAACAAUGCAGGUAUUUUUAUAUCUUUCAGAAAACCAUAACACAAUUAAGUAUAAGGAAAUAUCUUGUCAUAAAUUCCCCAUGAAAGGCAAGUAGUUUGUUUGAUUAAAAUAAUUCUAAGCUUUAAUAAUGUGGUGUCUAUUAUCCAUGUUAACUUUUAUGCACUACUAUAAAAAAUAUUAUAGUAACUAUACAUAUAUAUAUAUAUAUACCAGGGAUAAAUGUGGCUUCUUGCACUGUGAAAUCCUGUCAUUUUCACUAUCAGUGCUAUUGUCUAUAUAUGGAAAGGUUCUCAGAACCAAAAUGACAAAAGUUUGCCUUUUUUUUUAAUGUUGGCUUUAGUCAGAAAGCAGUUGAAGUGUCCAGUAUUCCCGAUGGCUGAUCCCAGUUUGGAUCCAAAACAAAGGCCAAAUGUUAAGGGAAGGCCAGAAGAGAUAUAACACAAAUUACCAAUAGUUCCAAUUGAUUGCUGGUUGUUUACCUUUUGCACCCAAAAAUAUUUUGUAAUUAAUGUACCAAAAUCAAACACAUUAUUUCUUCAAAUCCAUUUCUGAUGAUGUUACUGAGCCCAAUUUCACUAAAAACAAAACAAAACUACCACUAUAUUUUCGACAGUCCAAGAUAGAUUGCAGUUGUGAAGGGCUACAAAUUAAUGUGAUCUUAUCUUCAUAUGACAAUGGCAGUGAACCAAUUUAAAUUAUCAUGUGACAGUAAAAGACAGGGAUGCAUUUAAACAUAUUUUGGAUGGAUAUAGCAUCUCAUGAUUGAUUUGUAAGCUCUAAAUGUGUUCUCAGCUAAAGUUUAAUUAACUUAAUUGAAUUGUGUGUAUAAUGUGUGCAAAAAGGAAAGUUCAAAAUCAAAUUGACAGCUUCAUAUUUAUCCUAUAUAAUCUCAUCAUUUAUAAUGUUAACUUUUUGAUAGUCAUUUUAUUUGAAUACUGUGAUUUUUUUUAUACUGUACUGUUUUGCACUUUAAUACAAGACAAAAAUGCAGAAUUUUACAAUAUUUAUAAAGGAUGUGAUGGUUUUAGUCUUGUGCAUUCCCAAGAAAUAUACAAAAUGUCUUCAUGGAGUGUGUGUUUUUUUUAACAUAACUUUAUUUAGUUAAAAUAUAAAAAAAAAAAAAAAAAAAAAAUGGAAAUACAAAAAAAAGUAAAAAAACAAACAUUGCUUCAUAGUUAGGCAGCUAUAAAUAUACAGGUAGCCCUCAGUUUACACUGGGGUUCUGUUCCUUAAAUUGAAGGUAAAUAAGUUAGGUUCCAGGGCCCUCUAAAAAUUGACAUUAGUAAUGUAAUAUUAUAAUACUAGUGUUAAAUCCCGCGUACACAGGCCAAAAUGUCCCCCUCUAAGAUCCUUUCCCGAGCCUUUAUUCCCCCCCUCCACCAAAGGAUCCCCCUGUACCUCCUUCUCCCUCCUCUUCCCUCCCUCCUUCCACUUCCCUGCCGCUCUUAGCAUACAUUUUUUCUGCAGUGCAGCGGUCCCACCCGCUCCCCUCCAGCGAUGGGCAACCUUCCCGCCUCCCUCCUAACCCUCCCAUGCCACCAACAAUCGGCACCACCGAUGCAGAGAGGGACACCAGCCCCGUCCUCGCGCAGUCUCUACUGCGCAUCAGCGCGGAUUAUUAAGGGAUUAAGGCCAGGUAUGGUUGUCUCGGGUAGUCUCUUAAUGUAAUAACAGUAAUUUAAAAUACUUUUUAUGUUUGUGAGACCUGUCACUAUCCGUCAGUAAGGCAGUGGGGAAUUCUGUUUAUCAGCCAGUGAGCAGUCAUUUUAUUGUCUUUGCUGCAUAUAAAAAGUACAUUUUUAACACAGACAUACACUUCCUGUUAGCAUGGGAACAUGUUUAAAUAUGAUGCUGCUCUUUUAUAUGCAUGGUAGCAAUUUUGUUACAGUUCACUGUUUUGUUUUGUUUUCAGCUAGGAAGCCUGUGGAACAACUUCCUCAAUAGUGGUCACAUGAUCACUAGGAACAGGCGCUCUUGUAAAAAGGCGCAAAUUAAACCAGCGCAAAAUGAUGUCUACCUGUAUACAUAUUCUUGUUAAGCUUAAAAAUUCUUGAGCAGAAAUAUGAUCAUCUGUAAAGUAAAGUUUAAUGAAUUUGUAUAUUAAUAAUGUUAACAAAUACCAAAUAACAAAACAAAUACCAUGUUAUAGCUGCAAAUUUGAGUACUUUGAGUACCUAUUGCAGGAUAGAAUGACCUCAUGUGACAAUAAUACAUGGAUCUUACUGCAUGUCAAUCCAUUGUUCACUAGGGAUAUUAACAUACAGAUAUAUAUAUAUAUAUAUAUAUAUAUAUAUAUAAAGCCUCAGAUCAACAAGAACAAAAACUGAUGGAGACAUAAUGAACCAUUAACUUGCUAUUAUGUCUUAGGAUGAACAACAGAUGCUUAUGAAAAAUAUUUCUACUAUUCUUCUUAUCUUAUGGACAUAUCUAAGCACUGACAAUAUAUUUGUUACAGAAGGAAAAGUCUUACCGCAAACAUCAUUUGUUGUGUGUUGUUUGUACAGUAUGAAACUAAAACUUUAAUUAUAAUUUAAUUCUAUGAUCAUUAAUUGCCUUAUUUAUUGAAGUGUCUUUAAAGCUGUAGGAACAGAAACAUAUCAGUGUAAUUACAUUUUACUCAUCAGCCUGUCUUCCUCCCAGGGAAAAAAAACAAACAAGCCAGAAAGCAAAAAACAAACAAACAAACAAUCAGUAAAGAAGCAUUUUGUGUACUGACACAUGUUCCGUUAGCUAUGAAUUUAUUUAUUGCACAAUAACGCAUUUUGUUAUUGUGCAAAUGCUGGUAACAAUGUGUUUAAAGGGACAUUAAACACUAAAUAAAUCCUAGAUAGAAUGAUGUAUACAACACAAAGAUUAGUGUGAGAAUAAAAGCAGAUUUAAAAAAUAUAUAUAUUUCCAUAGUUGCCAACUUUACCGGAGUAUUGACGAUCUAUUGUUCAACUGCUCCACCCACCGAGUUCUGCAAUCAAAACUCAUUUGAUAGUAAUAGUAUAAUUUAGACUUAUUCAUAGUUUAUUAUACAGAUUACAGCACCAAGCUCUUACACCUACCCCAUAAUAUUGACAAUACCAGUCUCUGGAUCACAGCAUCAAAUUUAGGCAGACAAAUAAUAUGUGAACCCAUUCAAUAAUAAUAACAAUAUUCCAGAACAUAUAUAUAUAUAUAUAUAUAUGUGUGUGUGUGUGUGUAUAUACAGUAUAUAUAUUAGGGCUGGGCGAUUUGGUCAUAUAAAUGACUACAGAAUCUUAAUGUACAUGUUUCCGAAUGUCCAAAACACUCUGGGAGCAUAAAAAUACAAACCACAUGUGUGUAUAUAUAUAUAUAUAUAUAUAUAUAUAUACACACACACAUAUAUAUAUAUAUAUAUAUAUAUAUAUAUACAAUCACAUACACAGUUACCCACACAUAUAUGUGUGUAUGUAUAUAUAUAUAUAUAAUAUAUAUUUAUUCUUCUUUUUUAAAACAUUUAUCUUAACUGAAAAUGAGCCCUGCUCUUGUCCAGGAAUCUAAUACAGGCAUAUAGCAGUAGGGGUGGGGGGCUGCUCCAUUCAGAAAUGCUGUGCCUUGCUGAUAUCAAAUACAUUAUAGAUGCAGUUAACCCAGCAGCUAGCUAGCAGAGAGGACUGCAGUUUUAGCCUUUUUUGGCAGCCGUGGGGUUAAAGGGACAGUUUACUCAAAAAUUUUCUCCCCUUUAAUUUGUUCCUAAUGAUCCACUUUACCUGCUGGAGUGUAUUACAUUGUUUACAAGUAGCUCCUUUACACUUAUAUUGGCAUUUGAAAUUGUUGAUUUAGCAUGUGGUAUCCCCACCUAUUCUGAAAGUUUGUGGCCGCGCGUACCAGCUAUAGAUAAGCUUUGUAAACACAGCCAGCAGAAGAAAUUACACUGCCAGUGGGAUAUAGCAGAGAUAAGGUAAUAUAAUGUUGAUUUUCCAUUGUUCUCUCAAAGUACUGGUGAUUGUUUUAAGGACAGAUAUAAGAUAAAGAAGCAGGUAUAUGUGCACAAUGUGAUACAGUAAUGAGAUCUGAUUAUACCUACAAGCUCAACCUAUUUUAUUAGGUUGUGGCUUCAAAACACAAAAUCAGAGCUUUAAUAUGCACAAAUAAGCCUAAAAAAAUAAUUUUCAUACAUUUUUUACUCUGCAGUUGGUAAAAAAAGCAAUUGUAAAGACAUUAAGGGAAAAACUAUUUUACAGUAUACUGUCCCUUUAACUGCAUCUGCUAUGUAUUUGAGCUGGAGAUUGUGUGGGAGGUUCCAUCAUUUUUACAUACCCUAAGUUUCAGACUGCAGACGUCCCUAGGGGGAAAUUUGGUAAGUGGCUUUCCCUCUUCUUCACUCUCCUGCAUGGGCUCUGCUUUUAGACUUCUAUAGUUGCUACUGAGAUCACAAACAGAAAGUGAAAGUAAAACAGCCAUUUUACAAAUGUGUGCUAAAAGCAACCACUAGAUGGAGCUGGUUUGCAAGAAAUCACAUACAAAUCAAUGCAGUAGUCACAUCUGAGGAUUUUUUUUAGCAAAAAAAAAGUGUACUCUCGCGGUUUUUAAAUCGCAGCGAUUAUAAUUAUUCACACACCAAAUUUUGGGCAGAAGAGGUAGCAUUUUAUAUGGCUGUCUAGCCAGUUGAAUUUUAAUAACACAGCAAUACGAAAAAUCUUUAUGUAUACCAUUUUAAUUAGAGACAGAACGGUACUGCAAAUACAUACAUCUCCCAACCAUUGGAAUUUUUCAUAUUCAGUGACAUCACAGUAAGUGAUGUCACAUGAAGUAAAGCAAUAUGCAAAAACAGACUUUUAAAAAUGUUAAAGAAAAAAAAGAAUUCAUUUUGACUAGUAAUGCAGACUGUUUUCUGUUUAUUGGUACAAAUUCUAAAGUGCCUAAUUUAAACAAAUGAUACAUGUGCACAUAUAUUUUAAAAAAAAAAAAACAUUUACUAUUCAGUCACUAAUUCUUACAAAAUACCAUAAAAUAGAAGCAUUCUUGCACUAUUGCAGUAAAGUUAUAAUGAAGCAUAAAACAUCUCCAAAUCAAUAAUUAUUUGUAACUGCCCAGCUCUUAUAUAUUAUCACUUCCCUAUAUAUUGCACUAUUGCAGGGCUCAGCUGAGUGCUUAAAAACACACAGAACUGAAGUGACACAAAACUACCUUAGAUCCACUGUCCUAAUAGCCAGAAGCAAUGCUUCCUAAAUUAUCCUGGACUCCUAAUGACACUUUGAGGGCAGAGGUGCAGGGGAGGAGCUAGGCUACAGUGUGUCAAUUACUAUAAACAGGAAGAAAGACACAGCAAACAUUCAGUGCAGCUGAUCUUACUGUGUGAUUAUGCACAAUUUAUAUAUUUUUGCACUGUGUGUGGUGUAUGAACUCAUGCUAAAAUCAGUAAGCAGACUAUAUACAGAGUGCUAAAAUAUGAAGAUUACUGUCAGACUAAAUAAUGCAAAGAUGCCAUCAAUAAAUUAUCUCUACAGUAGUAGCCAAGUAAUCCCCCAUCUUUUACAAGGAAUCAGCACAGCUCCUUGCCUAGUAUGGAGUUGCUGUUUGUAAGCCUUUUUUCUUAUGAUUUGUGGCAGUUUAAACAUUGAUCACUCAGAGAAGCUGCAGCAAGCAGUCCCUGUCUAGACCUGCUCUGACUGAUCAAAUAGAGUACUUCCCGCAGGAACAGCCUUACCACAGCUCCUCCCUAUUAACUUGUGUCAGAAAUGCCCCAGCUCAGCUGCAGUCCAGGGGACAUUUCCAGGGAGAUACCACAAAAUCCAGGGACUGUUGGCAACUAUGUAGUUGUUUAAAUAUUAGAAAAAAAUAAGUGUAAAGUUUUAGUCUCCAUUAAGCACUGGGUGCAGCAAUGUUGCAAUAUAGCAUUGUUAAGUUUGGAGUCUGGACUUCCACUUUAAACAGGCAUUGGAAAGCCCUCAAUAUUCAUAAAUAACAGGACAGUGGACAAAUAAGUAAAGUAUAUUGCAAGUAUGUUUUACUAGACAUAAGUAAGCAUGUUAUAUUCCAAUCUCAAAGGGUUUGAUGUCCCUUUUAACCCACACUAAAUGGGUAACACAGAUAGCUGCUGAGAAAUUAGUAAAUUCUUUACUGAAUUUGAAAAUGCCUAUAUUUCUAUACCAGUGGACCUUUAGAAAAAAUAGUCAAUAAAUGAGAUGUCAGAUUCAUUUUGUAGUACUGUGCCACUACAAUGGUAGGGAAAAGGGUAUCCACCUAUUGACAGCAAUCUUUUAUAAAACACUUCUUGUAAGAGUAGGGUUUCUUCAAAACAUUGUUUAUAAUUCAUUAAAACUGGCAGAACCCAUUAACAGAGCUCAGUUUGUGGAAGAGCUUGGCAGAAUCAUCCUCAUCUGUACCUUUUCAAACAUCCCAAUAUUACCAAGUUGACACUGGCAUUUCAUUUUAAAGCAAUCAUUUUAUCAAAACUCAAAAAACUAAAGUUUCACACUUCAUAUUGCAUUCCUUUAAGGGAUACUGAACCCAUAUUUUUUUCUUUCGUGAUUCAGAUAGAGCCUGCAAUUUUAAGCAACUUUCUAAUUUACUCCUAUUAUCAAAUUUUCUUCAUUCUCUUGGUAUCUUUAUUUGAAAAGCAAGAAUGCAAGUUUAGAUGCCGGAGCAUGGUUGGUGAACAACCUGGGUUGUUCUUGCUGAUUGGUGGAUUAAUUUACCCACAAAUAAACAAGUGAUGUCCAGUGUACUGAACCAAAAAAUAGCUUUGAUGUCUUCUUUUUCAGAUAAAGAUAACAAGAGAAGGAAGAAGACUUGAUAAUAGGAGUAAAUUAGAAAGUUGCUUAAAAUUGCAUGCUCUAUCUGAAUCACAAAAGAAAAAAAUUGGGUUCAAUGUCCCUAUAAGCCCCAAUUCUGAAGACCAAAAGUAUUACUUCAAACAUUUUAUAAAAAAAAUAUUGAAACACAAAACAACUAAUUUGCCUCCACUUAAUAAAGAUGCAGAUAAUAUUGGGGCUAGCAUAUUACUUGGAAGUGAUGGAAUUAAGGCUAUUGUGUUAAAAGGAUAUUAAGCACUAAAUGCAUUUUUUGCAUCACCCUCUAAUUACGAGUGCCGCCAAUUUGGAAUCCAGGUUACUCUGCAGGUAUCUGAAGGACAGUUGCUGCACAUGUGCAAAUGCUGGGGAAUAACCUCAAUACAAUGCUUAGCUUAGAACAUGUAUUUAGUGUUUAAAGUCCAGUUAAGAUAAACUUAAUAAAUCUAAUGCUGUCCUCAUCUUUGGUUUUCAAAGUAUGGUUUAAAGGAACAGUCAAAAUGUAACUCAUGAUUCCGAUAUUGCAUGCAGUUCGGAGCAACAUUCCAGUUUACUUCCAUUGUCAAAUUUGCAUCAUUCUCUUGGUAUCAUUUGUUGAAUAGUAAGUCUAGAGCUAGCGGAACAUAUCUGCUGAGCCAAAAAAAAGGGACAUAUCUGUGCAACCACCAAUCACUAGCUAGCUUCCCAGUAGUGCAUUUCUGCUCCUAAGUUUGCCUAGGUAUGUUUUUCAACAAAGAAUGCUAAAAGAACAAAGCUCAUUUUAUAAUAGAAUUAAAUUGAAAAGUUGUUUAAAAAUUGCAGUGUCUGUUACUGUCCCUUUGAAGAUAUAUUUGUGUAAAUACAGGUAACAAUAAAAGUGAUUUAUACACUGAUACAUUUGAAACGUGUCCUUAACUGAGAAAAGGAUAGGAGUGCUACAGUUACAAAAUAUUUUUGUAACGUAGAUGUCUGGUUAUGAACCCGUGAGAGGAAACACAUGAACAUCUGCUAACAAAAAUAUCGUUUUUGCAUUCAACGUUCCCAGGCUUUCAUUCAUAAACAGUAGAUGUAUUUUUGCAUUCUUAUUAAAAAAACAAUCUUCUCCAAAGAUAUUGCUUGCUAAAUGCCAACUGUUUUCUCAGUGAUCUUGCGUAUAAAUAAUUCAGUGGCUCUUAUCACUUCUGCUGAUUUUUUUCUAUUUAAAAAAAAAACAAAAAAACAGAAAAACCCUCCGUCUAUUAGGCUGAUAUUGAUGGUUUCCCUAGUGGCUCACUUGAGCCAAGUAAUUACAUACUAUUCAUAUUUCCAGUGGUUUCUGCUAAACAGAUUAUCUAGGCUGUUGAAUGUAUUAAAAGUUCAUCUGAACAAGGUUAGCUUUUUCAAAACUGUGAUUUCAACAGCAACACUUGGAGGAAACCUCCUCUCUCAAAUAAUGUGUUGUGUAAUCAUUGUCUUCUAGUCAUGUAUCUGUAUGUGUAACAUCUGAUUAAUUACUGUAAUGUUUAUUGACACUUGUAUAAAAAUAAAUACAGAUUUUACAUUUUUAAAAA